AUGGAAAUCGCCGGUCUCGCUCUCGGCGUCGCUAGCCUUGCAGGCCUCUUCUCCGCCUGCACGAACGGCUUCGCGCUCAUCCGCCGUGGACAGGCGCUGGGCAAGGACUUCCGCAUUCUAGAAACCAAGUUCAGUAACCAGAAAUUAAGAUUAAGAGCUUGGGGACGGGCGUGUGGGUUUGCUGAUGACGAGGCUGAGAAGGGCGAAGGAGACAGUGUUGAGGCGGAGAAGACGUACGAUGAACGUCUUAACGCCCCCGAGCUGAAAGCGAAUCUCGAAGAGACGCUGGAGUGUAUCACGAUGCUGUUGUGCGAUGGGGUUGAGUUGAGAGAGCGGUAUGGGCUGACGCCUUGCUCCGUCGAUGGGGCCUCGCCAGCCUCUAGUCGAUCGGACGUGGCCGAGAAAGAGAAGGGCAAUUCGCUGCGUGAUUCAGCGACGUGGGCGAUCGGGGAUAGGUCUAAGUUUGCCGAAAUGGUGUCGCAUCUCAAAGACUUUAUCGAUGAUCUGGAGAAUUUGACGAAAUAUACGGACGUCCCAAAACGUCAGAUGGACUUCAUAGGGUAUGAGGUUGAGUGUAUAACGGAUAUGGAGACUUUAGAAGAGGUGGACAUGGCAAGAGAAGGGGAAGAGGAUGCAGUGUCUGAUGCCGCGAGCGCAAGGCUUGACGUCCUUUCACAAGCGGCAUCUAGUGUGCGUGCAUCGUUCGAGACGAGAAGUUUGAGGACCGUUGAUAUGAGAAUCUUGACAUCCUUUGAAACGAGAAGUCUGAGGUCCUUUGGAAUGAGAAGCCUGAGGUCAAUCAUCACGCUAGAGUCGUAUGUAACGGCGCGAAGUCGAUUCUCUAUUAAUAGCGCUAUGGCUGCGAGGGAAGACGUCGGGUUUAGUCAUACCACAGUCCGAUCAGCGUUGGAGACUGCCACAAAGACCGAAGUGACAGCAGGCACUGGUAAUUUCAAACCUUGGCUUCAGAUUCCAGAGACAUCCGAAGAGUCAAUGCCACUGUUCAAGCUGGUAGUCACAGGACCUCCAGGACCCAUUGCCUCACGGAAAACCGACCUGUUGACAACAUUCAUGGAGGGCUCUCUUCCCAAAGUUCAUGUACUGACAGUCUUUGAGAACCAUGUAAUGGGAUGCCGAUAA